UUGUGAAUAGCAAUUUUCGCGAUUUGCUGAGCCAUAAAAAAAAACUUGUAGCAAUGGGACGUACUAAAUACGUCACCGCAAACUCUAAAAAGGUGAUGCAGCAUGAAGACUUCAUCGACCGUAUACGCAAAACCCUUUACUAUGGUGUGGGCAACGAGGAAGAUAUGGAGGUUUCUGGCCCACUUGCUGAAUACGCAGCAUUUUCAUUUUCACAAGCGCAUUAUUCUUUUUCUCUGAAUCGCUUGUCGAAAAUAACUGCAGGGAAAAUGCAUGCGACACCAUGCUCUCUCAUAAUGGCAUUAAUAUAUCUCGAUCGCUUAAAUGUUAUUGAUCCUGGUUAUGCUAGGAGAAUCACGCCACAGGAGCUGUUCGUUGUGUCUUUGAUGAUUUCGACUAAAUUUUAUGCGGGCCACGAUGAGCGUUUUUAUCUGGAAGACUGGACGAAACAGGGUCACAUGAGCGAGGAUAGGAUUAAAGCAAUGGAACUGGAGUUUUUGUCUGCGAUUGACUGGAACAUUUACAUAUCGAACGAACAAUUCUUUAAGAAACUUAGCAGCGUGGAACGUACAUUGGCACAGCAGGAGGGUCUGCGACGUGGCUGGCUAACUUACAGCGAAUUAAUGCAAUUGCUGCCCUCGUUUACGCUUGCGAAAUUCAUGCUGAAUAAUUUACUGGUGUUGGCCUUAAGCUAUGCGGCUAGCGUCAUAACCAUAGCGGGCGCUUUCUUCAUAGCCAGUCAGAUACCCGGAACAUUGUGGUACCGCAGGCCGGUUUCGAGCUCAUCGUCGACGACGCCAACUCCCCUGACAACCCCGGUUUCCACUCCAGUACCCACAUCCAAUGCUACCCAGGCUGCACCCAUCGUCAGCAGCGAUGAUGGCACUAUCUCAAGCAUUAUCAUAAGCGGUAAUCUCGCGUCAAAUGAAAGUUGCCAAGCAUUGAACGUGGAAGCCGAACUCUUAAAACUGGAGCAACAAUUCUGUAAGGAGGCAAGACUGAAUGAACUGAAAAGGACUCGGAAUGAAGAGAGCAUGCGCUAUCCUUCUCCGGCUCAAAACUACCAUCCAGCCGCGCAAGAUCAGCAGGACGUUGUGCACCAUUGGCUCAACAUCAAGUCGGAGUACAGUGACUCUACUCAAAAUGUGUUGAUAUUUGGACAAAACUCUAAUUGGACUCCGCAAAACGUAUCCGUCAUCUGGCAAUUGCUUAGUGAUAUGAUGCAGAACUCGUUUUCAAUGCGUUGGCCUGAACUGUGGCCAAAGUUGAUAUAGUUGAUGGUGUUAUUGGUUCAAUGGAAAUGCUUGGCAUGCUCUUAGUUCAUUUCAUAGUAAGCCCCUCUAGCUGUAUAAUAUGAGCUCUUUCUAAGCUCCCAUGUACAUUGCUGUAGUUCUUCUAACAAAAUCCAAAAAAAUACAUUUUAUUUUUGCAUCAAAACAAAUUUUAAA